GGAGGCUGCUCUGAUUUACACCAGCUAAAGGUUUUCUCCUCUGUCUUGGUUAAAGAUGAAAUAUUUCUGCUGGGAUGCACUUGGAAUGCACACCAGUAUAUGAAUUCAAAAGUGUGCAGGGAUCAAAAGUCAUGGUGCUUAUGGUAUCUUUAAGGAGCCUGUGAGAAGAAGAGAGGAGAGCACUCUCAAGGAGGAAUUAACCCACCCACCAAGCCUGAGACAAAGUGUGUGUGUUCAGAUGAUGGAAAAGAGCUCUGCAAUGAGUCUUCUGAUCCUGAUGCUCACCUGAUGGGACACGAGGCCCUAAAUGGCAGAGGAGAAUUGCACCUCGGUGGCAGAGUUCAUUCUCGAGGGCCUGACUGACCAACCAGAGAUGAAGGCAGCCCUCUUCGUGGUGUUUCUGCUCAUCUACAUCAUCACCCUUUUGGGCAACAUGGGGAUAAUCAUCAUCAUCCAAGGUGACCCCCGGCUCCAUACAUCCAUGUACGUCUUCCUUGGCAGCCUCUCGGUGGUGGACAUCUGCUUCUCCUCUGUGAUUGCCCCCAGGACUCUGGUGAACUUCCUAUCAGAGAGGAGGACCAUUUCCUUUGCUGGCUGCACAGGCCAAACCUUCUUCUACAUUGUUUUUGUGACCACUGAGUGCUUCCUGCUGGCCGUCAUGGCAUAUGACCGGUACGUGGCCAUCUGUAACCCACUGCUCUAUUCGGCCGUUAUGACUCGGAGGCUGUGUGUGCAGCUGGUGGUGGGGUCCUACAUCGGGGGCAUCCUGAAUGCCAUCAUACAGAUGACCUUCAUCAUCAGGCUGCCCUUCUGCAACUCCAACGUCAUCAAUCACUUCUUCUGCGAUGUUCCUCCCCUCCUGGCUCUGGCCUGUGCCAACACCUACAUCAAUGAGAUGAUCCUCUUCUCCUUAGCUGGUGUCAUUGAGCUCAGCACCAUCUCCAUCAUCCUGGUCUCAUACACCUUCAUUUCCUUUGCCAUCCUGAGGAUCCGUUCAGCUGAAGGUAGGCAAAAAGCCUUCUCCACCUGUGUGUCCCACCUGACAGCUGUGACCCUGUUGUAUGGGACGACAAUCUUCAUGUAUUUGCGCCCCAGCUCUAGUUACUCCCUGAACACAGAUAAGAUGGUCUCUGUCUUCUACACAGUGGUGAUUCCAAUGCUGAACCCACUCAUCUACAGCCUGAGGAACCAAGUGGUGAAGGAUGCACUGAGGAGAAGAGCAGAAAGAAUCACUGUUGGGGUCUGA